UGUCAAUCACACGUCUUACCCCAAUGACGUCAUCCAAUCACUUCCCGUUACAGUCGAGUACGGAAGUGAUCUGGGUUGUACGAAAACUUUGCCAUAAGAUUCUUUUUUUAAGUCGUUUCUGUUCCUUGCGAUCAUAAAGUAUGGCGUAUCCUGGAUAUAACAAUUUCGGUGGUCCACCAAUGCCAGGAGUUCCUGCUCAGGGUAUGGCCAUGCCAGGGAUGCCUGCUCAGGGUAUGGGAAUGCCCGGGGUUCCUGCUGCAGGUGGUUACCCAGGGCAGCCAUUUGGGGGUUUCCCAGGAUUUUCUGCACCUCCUGCCCAGGAUCCAAUGUGGGGCUAUUUUACAGCAAUAGCUGGUCAGGAUGGUGAAGUUGAUGCUGAAGAACUUCAAAGGUGCCUCACCCAGACUGGAAUCAGUGGCAACUACACUCCUUUCAGUUUGGAAACCUGCAGGAUUAUGAUAGCCAUGCUGGAUAGAGAUUACACAGGAAAGAUGGGUUUCAAUGAGUUCAAAGAACUGUUUGCGGUGCUAAACGGCUGGAAGCAGAACUUCGUAAUGGUGGACAGGGAUUGCAGUGGAACGGUGGAACCUCAUGAGAUGUCCCAGUGCUUAGCUAACAUGGGGUACCGAAUCAGCCCUCAGGCUCUGAACGCCAUCAUCAAACGCUACAGCAGGUCAGGAAAGAUCUACUUUGAUGACUAUGUGGCCUGUUGUGUGAGGCUAAGGGCACUUACAGACAAUUUCAGGAGGAGAGAUACAAUGCAGCAAGGAAUGGUGAACUUCCAAUAUGAUGAUUUCAUCUUGUGUACUAUGUCUCUCUAAAGGAAGUUACUGACAAGUAGAGUCUGACAGGACAGGAAGAGCACUGAAUCACUGAAAGUCCAGAGAAACAUAUAUAAAGCUACUAUAUAUAUAUAUAUAUAUAGUAUGGGCAUUUUAAAAUUAUUUGCCAGUAUGUUUAAUGUGAACAUAGAAAUAGCUUUAAUAUCUGUGCCAACAUUUAACAAUCCUUUUCAUAUGCAGUCUUUAUAAACUCAGUGUAUUAAGUUAAAAUGUAACCACGCUAUUUUGCCAAUAAACAUUGUUUAUCUUAAAAA